AUGCCUGCACCAGGUGACCAGCACACCGGUUACCCGAACCCAUUCGCAGAGCCGCAGCAACCGCAGCAACGCAUUUCCGAAUUCACCGCCCAAGAGAUUGCAACAUUGCAAUGUAUGCUCGAGAAGCAGUUGGGUCCGGAAUAUUUAUCGUCACGCGCCGGGCCGUCUGGAUCAAGGCUACAUUAUAUCACGGCGGAGAAAUGCAUUUCGCUUGCCAAUGAGGUAUUCGGCUUCAAUGGAUGGUCGUCCGCCAUUAAGGAGGUCCAGGUCGACUUUGUGGAGGAGGACCCGCGUACUCAAAGAGUCAACCUAGGGCUCUCCGUCACCGUGCGCGUCACCCUCCGUGAUGGAACAUACCAUGAGGAUAUUGGUUACGGGAACAUUGAGAACGCUAGGAACAAGGCUGCCGCCUUUGAAAAGGCGAAAAAAGAAGGCACCACAGACGCGCUGAAGAGGGCCUUGCGGCACUUUGGGAACGUUCUAGGGAACUGCAUCUACGACAAGGACUAUUUGGCGAAGGUCACGAAACUGAAGGUCCAGCCGGCAAGGUUCGAUGAGAAUGGCCUCCACCGGCACCCUGACUUUGUGGUGAAGAAGGAGCCGCAGGAGAAUAGCACGGGACAGAACACAGGGAUACCGGCGGUGCCGGCACGGCCACCCCCUCGGUUGCCCGAACCGCCGCAGCAACGACAACAACAACAACAACAACAACAGGUGGCGCCGCCACCUCCCCGACCGCAAUUACCAAACUCCGAUUCAUUUGAUGACUUUUUAGGAGAUCUGGAUGAGGAAGACUUCAACAUCGCGGAAGAGCACCAUUUUGACGGGGUUCUUUUACCCAACUCCGCCGACACAAGUUUGGCCUCCGCCAACACUGUCCCUAAUAGUCAUAAUCCGCCUAGAAAUAGUGUUGCCCCUGCUCCGCAACCGCCAGUCCGCCAGUUUUCGAAUCCAAAUUCAAAAACAACACACAACACACUACAGCAAGCCCCACAGACUCCCAUCCAGCAACAACCCGCGCGGCCCAACGCCAACAACUUUCCCGGAGCCGGCGUUCAAAACAAUGGCUCGACCGCCGCCCGCCCACCGCAGCAGUUUUCUAACAACCAAAACAAGCCCCAUCCUCAACCACAGCCAAACAACGCCAAUCAGGCCCGUAUGGCGAACCCGCAGUCCCACAUGACCCCUCUUCCCCAGCCCAAUAUGACCAACCAACCAGACCAACCAGACCUGCCAGGGGGUGACAGCGUGGGCUUCUUCUCCGCUCGCGCUGUGAACAAGUUGCCCGGGAACGUGGCUCCGAAUGCAGGCCAGGCGUUCAACCCACGCCUUGAAAGCCCCUCUAUCCGCCGCACACCUGGUGUGGAUCAUACGGUGACCAAGCCUUGGUCACGUAGUGGAAAACACGUGCCCGGCUUGAAAGGAGAUGGAGAAAAUAAGGGGAUGGGUGACGAGGACCUUGCUGCAGCGAUGAUUGGGCCGGGCCAGAAUGCCGCCGCCAGUAAUCAAGUCUCUGCCGCUGGCGGAGGAGGCAGUACUGGUGCAGGUCGCGGCGCAAUGUCCCGUCCCGGCGGGCCAAUUGCGCGGCCGAACAAUGUUGUCAAUCCCCAACUUGACCAUACGCGACGAAUCGGCGCGCCUGUUUCGUCUAGUCCACUAGGAAAUCGCGGACAGUUCAAACCGCCAACGGUCAAAAGGCCUGCAGCAGCGGAUGGCCCCGCUGGUGACACUGGGACUGGUGGGGGUAGGAACCCCUCAGAGAGGGUGCCGUUGGAGGAUGUGUCGAGUAAUGGCAUGAUGGGUGGGAAAGUGCCGGAUGCAAAACGACAGAGGACAACUUGA